AAGCUAACUAGCUGAAAUGUCGGUGCUGCAGAAACUGUAGUGCCUGGCUCACAAAUAAAAACAAACGUUGUUUUAUCGAACCAGACUUCCAUAAAAUAUAUUUUUUGUGAUUUUUUUCUUUUGAUCACACAAUGCUGAUACAGGUACAGGUAGAAAAGAUAUUUACACAAAUCUAAGUUAACAUAUUUCAACUUAUUUUGUUUAGCUAACAUUAGCUAGCUAAAUAGCUAACUGCUGAACUGAACUGGAGCACUUUAGCUGUUAGCAUUCAUCAGAUACAGAAACCUGGCUAAAACACAAGUUUACCACAUCUGGAAUAAAGUCACGGAAGCAUGUCGGACUCAGACAGUGACGAGGACCAGGACCGCCCUUUCUCUAUAACUGGCUUCCUCUUUGGAAACAUCAACGAAGAUGGACAGCUUGAGGAUGACAGUGUUCUGGACAAUGAAUCCAAAAAGCAUUUGGCUGGUUUGGGCAGUCUUGGUCUGGGCACACUCAUUACAGAGAUUACUGCCAAUGAAGAAGAAGAUCAAGAGGAAAGCAAAGACUCAGCAAGUGUUGAUGCAGAAGGUUGGGUGAAAAGCACGGAAGAUGCAGUUGAUUAUUCUGACAUUAGUGAGGUUGCUGAGGAUGAGACGAAAAAGUAUCGUCAGGCCAUGGGGUCUCUGCAGCCCAGCAGGAAAACAGAUGAUGAGGACGACUAUGAUGCUGACUGUGAGGAUAUUGAUUCGAAGCUUAUGCCUCCUCCACCACCACCAAGUCUUCCUACAGCUGCUAAGAAAGAGGAACCCUCCUCUCAGAGCCCAACUGUUGGGGAAGAGGGUGACGGCAUCAUCCUUCCCUCCAUCAUCGCGCCGUCCUCUACGGCUGAUAAGGUCGACUUCAGCAGCUCCUCAGACUCUGAGUCAGAAACUGACCGUCCCUGCCAGGGCUCGGGGUCUGGAGGCCCCCCAGACAGGCUCACCCUCCCUCUUGCUGGCAUCAUGCAGAAAGAUGCAGCCAAAGCACUGCCAGGCGUCACAGAGCUCUUCCCAGAGUUCAGGCCUGGAAGGGUGCUUCGGUUCUUACGGCUUUUUGGUCCUGGAAAGAACAUGCCGUCGGUUUGGAGGAGCGCCCGCAGGAAGAAGAAGCGGAAGCACCGAGACCCUCAGCCGGGGACGCCUCCUCCAGAAGGAGAGCCCGUGGAACAAAGCCAGGACAAAAAGUCAGGAUGGCUUUAUGAGUAUGCUCCCGCUCCUCCUCCUGAGCAGUGUCUCUCUGAUGAUGAGAUAACCAUGAUGGCUCCAGUAGAAUCUAAGUUCUCACAGUCUUGCGGUGACGGGGACAAGGAGGCAGAGUCUCGACCUAAAGUAGCAGAAUGGAGAUACGGACCAGCCCAGCUGUGGUACGACAUGCUCGGGGUGUCUGAGGAUGGAAGCAACUUCAACUACGGCUUCAGGCUAAAAGAAGAGGAGAGCGGUGAGCCUCAGCAGCAGGAGGCACCCAAAGAAAUCACUGAGACUCCACAUGAGUUUCUGAGGCAGGAGGAUGACAACAACGAUGACAGUGGUGAUGAAGAGAAGGACGCGUCAACCCUUGAGAAUGAGCUCUUCCUGAUGGUCACUCAGCUGAAAUGGGAGGACGAUAUUAUCUGGAACGGAGAAGACGUAAAACACAAGGGCACAAAGACGCAGAGAGCCAGUCUGGCAGGAUGGCUGCCGUCGAGCAUGACCCGCAACGCCAACGCUUAUAACGCACAGCAGGGACUGACGAGAAGUAAUUCCCAGUUGGUGCCACCAACACCUCCACCCAUGCCGAAAGCUUCUUCAAUCUCUGGAUCUAAACGGGACAAAAACAACCAUGAUAAUCAAGCCUCUCUAGAAGAAGACUCUCCCUGGUUCUCCAUUUUCCCCAUUGACAGCGAGGAGCUGGUGUACGGACGCUGGGAGGAUAAUAUUAUCUGGGACGACCAGGAGAUGGAUCACAUGCUCAUGCCACCUGUUCUCACACUGGAUCCCAACGAUGAAAACAUCAUUUUAGAAAUGCCUAAUGAAAAGGAAGAGAUGACUUCCCACUCCCCAUCAAAAGAGAAUAAGAAGGAAACUGCAAUCAAAAAGAGCCGCAUCCUGCUGGGGAAGACUGGGGUGAUAAAAGAUGAGCCACAGCAGAACAUGUCACAGCCUGAAGUGAAGGAUCCCUGGAACCUCUCCAAUGACGAGUUCUACUAUCCUAAACAGCAGGGCCUGAGGGGGACGUUCGGUGGCAACAUCAUUCAGCACUCCAUCCCAGCACUGGAGCUGAGGCAGCCCUUCUUCCCCACUCACAUGGGUCCCAUGAAGCUGCGCCAGUUUCAUCGACCGAAUCUGAAGAAGUACUCGUUUGGAGCUUUGGCUCAGCCGGGUCCCCACGCCGUCCAGCCGCUGCUCAAACACAUCAAGAAGAAAGCCAAGAUGCGAGAGCAGGAGCGACAGGCGUCAGGAGGAGGAGACAUGUUCUUCAUGAGAACACCUCAGGAUCUGACCGGUAAAGAUGGAGAUCUGAUCCUGGCAGAGUACAGUGAAGAAUACCCCCCUCUCAUCAUGCAAGUUGGUUUGGCCACUAAGAUCAAAAACUACUACAAAAGGAAACCUGGAAAGGAUCCUGGAGCACCUGACUGCAAAUAUGGAGAGACUGUGUACUGCCACACAUCCCCUUUCCUCGGUUCUCUCCAUCCUGGACAGCUGCUUCAGGCAUUUGAAAACAACCUCUUUCGUGCUCCCAUCUACCUGCACAAGAUGAAAGAGACCGAUUUCUUGGUCCUACGAACGCGACACGGCUUAUACAUCAGAGAGAUCGUGGACAUAUUUGUAGUGGGACAGCAGUGCCCCUUAUUUGAGGUUCCAGGGCCCAACUCCAAACGAGCCAACACUCACAUCAGAGACUUCCUGCAGGUGUUCAUUUACCGCUUGUUCUGGAAGAGCAAAGACCGGCCCCGGAGAAUCCGGAUGGAGGAUAUAAAGAAAGCUUUUCCCUCACACUCGGAGAGCAGCAUCAGGAAACGACUAAAACUCUGCGCUGACUUUAAACGCACAGGGAUGGACUCUAACUGGUGGGUGCUGAAGCCUGACUUCAGACUGCCCACAGAGGAGGAGAUCAGGGCCAUGGUGUCUCCUGAGCAGUGCUGCGCUUACUAUAGCAUGCUGGUGGCAGAGCAGAGACUCAAGGAUGCUGGAUAUGGUGAGAAAUCCUUCUUUGCUCCAGAAGAGGAGAAUGAAGAAGACUUUCAAAUGAAGAUUGAUGACGAGGUGCGGACAGCUCCGUGGAACACAACAAGAGCCUUCAUUUCUGCCAUGAAGGGGAAAUGCCUGCUGGAAGUUACAGGCGUGGCUGAUCCUACAGGCUGCGGAGAAGGUUUCUCCUACGUCAAAGUGCCCAACAAGCCCACUCAACAGAAGGAUGACAAAGAACCACAGCCUGCCAAGAAGACAGUGACAGGAACAGACGCUGACCUGAGGAGACUCUCAUUGAAGAAUGCAAAGCAGCUGCUGCGGAAGUUUGGUGUUCCAGAAGAAGAGAUCAAGAAGCUGUCCCGUUGGGAGGUGAUUGACGUGGUGAGGACCAUGUCCACGGAGCAGGCACGUUCAGGGGAGGGACCCAUGAGCAAGUUUGCCAGAGGUUCUCGUUUCUCCGUAGCAGAACACCAGGAGCGCUACAAGGAAGAGUGCCAGAGGAUCUUUGACCUGCAGAACAAAGUGUUAGAGUCGACAGAGGUGCUCUCCACGGAUACGGACAGCAGCUCAGCAGAGGACAGCGACUUUGAGGAGAUGGGGAAGAACAUUGAGAACAUGCUGCAGAACAAGAAGACCAGUUCACAGCUUUCCCGCGAGCGAGAAGAGCAGGAGAGGAAGGAGCUGCAGAGGAUGCUGAUGGGCGAGGAGAGCGAUCGGGACUACAAGGGACGAAAGGAGCGCCGCAAAGGCUUGUCCAGCUCCUUAUCCACCAGCUCUCAUAAGGACGAUGACACCUCCUCCGUCACCAGCCUUAACUCCUCAGCGACAGGACGGCGACUCAAGAUCUAUCGCACCUUCAGGGACGAGGACGGAAAGGAAUAUGUCCGCUGCGAGACAGUACGCAAGGCUUCCGUCAUCGACGCCUACACCAGGAUCCGAAACACGAAGGACGAUGAGUUUAUACGAAAGUUCGCCCUCUUCGAUGAGCAGCACAGAGAGGAGAUGAGGAAGGAGCGCCGGCGGAUUCAGGAGCAGCUGAGGAGGCUGAAGAGAAACCAAGAGAAGGACAAGAUCAAAGGACCUCCGGAGAAGAAGGCCAAGAAGGUCAAAGAGAGGCCAGACCUCAAGUUAAAGUGCGGCGCGUGUGGAGCCAUUGGACACAUGAGGACCAACAAGUUCUGCCCACUCUACUAUCAGACCAACGCCCCGCCCUCCAACCCCGUGGCCAUGACGGAGGAGCAGGAGGAGGAGCUGGAAAAGACCGUCAUCCACAAUGACAACGAGGAGCUGAUCAAGGUGGAAGGCACCAAGAUCGUGCUGGGCAAACAGCUCAUUGAGAGCGCUGACGAGGUGCGCAGAAAGUCUCUGGUGCUCAAGUUCCCGAAGCAACAGCUUCCACCAAAGAAGAAGAGACGCGUAGGCAACGCUGUGCACUGCGACUAUCUCAACAAACCACACAAGGCCAUCCACCGCAGACGCACCGACCCCAUGGUCACCUUGUCUUCUGUGCUCGAGAGCAUCAUCAAUGACAUGCGGGAUCACCCAAAUACGUAUCCGUUCCACACACCAGUGAAUGCCAAGGUGGUGAAGGACUACUAUAAGAUCAUCACGCGGCCCAUGGACCUGCAGACGCUGAGAGAGAAUGUACGUAAGCGAAUGUACCCAUCGAGGGAGGAGUUCCGUGAAGCAGUGGAAGUUAUCGUCAAAAACAGCGCCACUUACAAUGGUGCUAAGCAUCCAAUAACACAGGUAGCACAGUCCAUGCUGGACCUGUGUGAUAAUAAACUGAAAGAGAAGGAGGACAGGCUGGUGAGACUGGAGAAAGCCAUCAACCCCUUACUGGAUGAUGAUGAUCAGGUGGCCUUCUCCUUCAUCUUGGACAACAUUGUGACCCAGAAAAUGAUGGUGGUUCCCGAUUCAUGGCCGUUUCACCAUCCUGUCAACAAGAAGUUUGUCCCUGAUUAUUAUAAGGUGAUUGUUAGCCCCAUGGACCUGGAGAGCAUCCGCAAGAACAUCUCCAAACACAAAUACCAGAACAGAGAUGCUUUCCUGUCAGAUGUCAGUCUCAUCCAUGCCAACAGCAUCAAGUACAAUGGCCCAGAGAGUCCUUACACCAAGACGGCCCUGGACAUCAUCAGCGUGUGCAAGCAGACCCUGUCAGAGUAUGAUGAGCACCUGACGCAGCUGGAGAAGGACAUCUCGACGGCCAAAGAGGCGGCUCUCGAUGCUGCAGACUUGGAGUGUCUGGAUCCAAUGACCCCGGGGCCAUACACGCCGCAGCCUGCUGAUCUGUUUGACAGCGGGCCUUCAGGGAGUCUGCCCAGAGAGACCGGCAACCUUUUCUCUGAGGGACCUCUAGUGGUUACUCCAGAGAAGAGAGGGGGGCAGGGUCGUCACGGCAGAAGACCCGGUGAGGAAGAGUCAGAUGUGGACAUUGAAGGUUUUGAGGAGGAAGAUGAUGGCAAACCCAAAACUCCUGCUCCUGCAGAGGAUGCAGAUGGAGAUCUGGAGGACGAAGAUGACGAAGAGGACAUGCUGCUGCCGCCACGCAGACGGUUGCACGACCACGAAGAAGAGGAAGAGGAGGAGGAAGAUGACGGACUGUCUAAUCGCCCAGCUCAAGCCAGCGUGCUGUACCAGGACCUGCUCAUGUCUGACGGAGAGGACGACGCCAGCGAGGAGGAGGGAGACAACCCUUUCUCCACUAUACAUCUGUCAGAGAGUGGGAGCGACUCCGACAGAGAGUUGGACGUGCGACCUGCGCCUCCACGUAGAGCUCAAGAGACGGCACGCAUGGGCAUGGAGCAGGACGAGAGCAUGAUGUCAUACGAAGGGCCUGACGAGCCUCACAUGGAGGACAGCAACGUCAGUUACGGCAGCUAUGAGGAAGCAGAGAGCCGGAGUCAGUUGCAGCCGUCCAGCAUGGGGAACGGAGAAGACUAUGGCAUCAGCGAAGAGGAAGAGGAAGACGAGGAAGAUGAAGCCCGGAGGAGAGGCCCGGCUGUGCUCUCCCAGGUCCAGCUCAGCGAAGACGAGGAGAGCGAAGAAUUCCGAUCCAUCGGCGGCGACAGCGACAUGGACUCUGACAACUAGUCAAACACUCCUUUCUUUAGUUUUAUAUCCGCAGUAUUAAGAAAAGCAUUGUUUUAAAUCACGCUUUUAAAAUGGAGAAAAUGAGAGUUCUCAGGAAAUAUGUUGUACAUACUUAUUCUGUAAAUGCUGGUUAAUGUUUAACCUCCUGUGCUCUGUUGUAGCUGCAGUAUAGAGACACAGCAGCACAUUGUACAUUUUAGUUUUCCUUUUAUAUGCUGAAUGAAUAUCAUGUACCAUGGAA